ACGCGGAAACAAAAGCGAACCCGUUUCGUCUCCAAACAAUUAACAUCGAGUCGGGUCAAAGUGAGCUUAGUUACGCCUUGACAGUUGUCGGUUUGACGCCACACUCUCCGCUACCCAACACCGAAGACUUAUCAUGGCUUUGAAAAGAAUAAAGAAGGAAUUGACGGAUUUGCAGCGGGACCCUCCUGCUUCGUGUUCGGCUGGACCCGUAGGAGACGACAUGUUCCAUUGGCAAGCCACCAUCGCAGGACCGAAUGACAGCCCAUAUCAUGGAGGGGUUUUCUUCUUAUCUGUCCAUUUCCCCACAGACUAUCCCUUCAAACCACCCAAGGUGGCUUUCACGACAAAAAUCUAUCAUCCAAAUAUAAACAGCAAUGGAAGCAUCUGCCUCGACAUCCUAAGGUCGCAGUGGUCACCUGCCCUUACCGUAUCAAAAGUAUUAUUAUCCAUAUGCUCUUUGCUAUGCGAUCCCAAUCCCGACGACCCAUUAGUCCCUGACAUAGCGCACACGUACAAAUCAGACAGACAAAAGUACAACGAAGUCGCCAGAGAAUGGACUAAGAAGUUUGCGAUGUGAAGGCAAGUGAAGUUUCUGCAACAGUCCCCUGGACACCUCAAGUUAAAAAAGAAAAGUACUUUAGUCACGCUGGUUCUUGUCUGUGCUGGGAGCACUUUCACUACUCAAACUUGACCUGACCCAAUUGUUCUCAACUGUUAAGUUUAUUCUGAUUUCAUUAAAUUGGAAUUCUUUUUUUUAUUAUGUUAUUAGCAAUGAUGAUGAUCAUACCUCUUUUUAUUUUACUUUUAAGAGAUUUAUAUUGAAUAAAACUAUGCUCAUUUUACUUUGCAUUAAACGCAUGGAAAUUUGA